AUGGAGGCCUGGCUGAAGGAUUCGGGGGCCAUUGGUGUAGAUGGCAUAGAGGUUGCUGACUUCGCCGUCACCGGGCGCGGCGUCAAGGCACUGCGCAGCUUCAAAGAAGGAGAACGCAUCCUCACCAUCCCAUCUGCUUGCCUGUGGACGGUAAAGAAAGCAUAUGCUGAUCCGCUGCUUGGCCCGGUUCUUCGCGCUGCGCAGCCGCCCUUGUCGGUCGAAGAUUCUUUGGCCCUCUAUCUGCUCUUUGUCAAGUCGCGAACAUUAGGCUAUGAGGGCCAGCGACAUCACAUCGCUGCGAUGCCGCAGAGUUACUCGGCAAGCAUCUUCUUCACGGAUGACGAGCUGCAGGUCUGCAAGGGAUCCUCACUGUACGCACUCACGCCGCAGCUAGAACAGCGUGUGCAUGAUGACUACAGGCAGCUGCUCGUGGCCUUGCUGAGCCAGCAUCGCGAUCUCUUCCCGCUAGACCAAUUUACGAUAGAAGAUUACAAGUGGGCUCUUUGUUCAAUAUGGAGUCGUGCAAUGGAUUUUGCGGUCUCGGAGACGGCUUCAGUUCGGCUUGUGGCACCUUUAGCAGACAUGCUUAACCAUUCUCCGGACGUGAAGCAGUGCCAUGCUUACGAUCCAACGUCUGGGGACCUCUCUAUCCUUGCUGCGAAGGACUACCAAGUCGGGGAUCAAAUAUUCAUUUACUACGGCAGUGUGCCGAACAAUCGGCUUUUGCGCCUCUACGGCUUUGUCCUGCCGGACAACCCUAACGACAGUUACGACCUGGUACUCCAGACGAGCCCACUGGCCCCCCUCUACGAGCAGAAGGAAAGGCUCUGGGCGCUGGCAGGGCUCGACUCAACUUGCACCAUUCCCCUUACCGUGAAAGAUCCGCUUCCGAAUAACGUGCUUCGUUACCUCCGAAUCCAGCGACUGGACGAAUCCAACAUCACAGACAUUACGCUACGGCUAGUGAAUGGCACAGACGGCAAGGUUAAUGACGGAAACGAGAUACAGGUACUACAAUUCUUGGUCGAUUCGAUCGGCAGCCUCCUAGAAGGCUUCGGUAUCCCGCUGGAGAAGCUCGAGGCACAGCUUGUGGCGGGAGACUACCCCGCGGGGGGCAACGCUUGGGCAGCGGCACACGUUAGCGCGGGCGAGCAGCGCGUCCUAACAAGGGCCAAAAAGACGGCAGAAGAUCUGCUGGAGGCCGUUCUUCGUCCGCCGGCGACGCAGUGCGCUAAUUGCAGAAACGGGUCGGGCGCGUUAAUGUCGUGCGGCAGAUGCAAGACCGUCAAGUACUGUAAUAGAGAGUGUCAGGUGGCGCACUUUAAAAACCACAAGGCUGCUUGUCGAUCUCUUGCUGUAUCGAAAUAA